AUGUAUUUGUGUCGACUAGAUGUGCUACCCGUUGAAUUACUCCACACUAUUUUUGCUUAUCUUUCAGCACAUGAAAUUUUCUAUGCAUUCCACAAUCUGAGUGAUUAUGUUGACGCCGUAUUACUGAAUUACGAUCGGUACUUGGUUAAUUUUGGUUCCGUUCUCAAGUCUCAGUUUGAUGUCACGUGUUGCUACAUACGGCCAGAUCGUGUCAUCUCUCUCACAUUAUUGGAUGAUGACGAAACACCCGGUCAAUCUGAAGUUUUCUUUUCUCGUUUCAAUAUCGAACAAUUUACUUAUCUUCGUUCGUUCGACAUGAGUUUCAUGAACGACAAUACAUGUAAACAACUAUCCAAUUUGGAUCAACUCAAAUAUUUGUCAUCACUUGAAAUGCCUCGCAUGUUUCAACCGCACUGCACCGAUUUUGACUCGGCUAUUCGAAACUUACUUCCUCAACUAAAUCGACUGGCAGUUUACAACACUGCUCAUCUAAUCGACCAGCCACUACCGCGUCUACGUCACUUGAAUCUCAAAUUUUGUCACUAUUGGCAAUUAUCGAAACUACUUAGUCAGAUGCCAAAUCUUUAUUCAUUUGAUGUUAUACUUUCCGUUGAUCUUCGUACCAAUUGGUCGUAUGAUGUACCACUAUUACCUCAUUUAAGACGGUUCGUACUUAGUACUAACAGUGAACAAGUAACAAUGAUACAAAUUGAACAACUGCUCUCAAAAAUGCCAAAUCUAACACAUUUCGAACUUGACACUCAAGGCAAUAUGGAUCUUAUCGAUGGUCAACAAUGGGAAUUACUUAUUUCACAUCUCGUUGUAUUCAAUUUUCGCAUUCAUCUUUGUUCAUUAUUCAAUGUUCCCAAAAACACGAUUCUUGAAUCAUUUCGUUCGCUAUUUUGGCUUGAACACAAACAGUGGUUUGUUGCUUACGACGAUCCAAACAUCUUCACAGUACCUCGUUUUGCGUCGAGCAUUGUUACGCAUCCGUAUGUUAAUUGGCCACCAUUGUGCACAUCAUUCGAUUUCAAUUUCCAUCAGUACAUCCGUUGCAUUCGACUAUCAUCAUUGGAUUCGGUUCCGCAUAGUUUCAUUAACGUAACAUCACUUGUAUUCGACACCGAAGGAAUUACUACUGAUAUCGGAUUGUUUGCAUUUCUUGAUCUCCUCGAACAAAUGCCUUGUGUUCGUUCACUGUCAUUUCGAAAUUUGCCAGUAUUGACUUCUGUGCCGAAUAAUGUUGUCUUGAAAAACAUACGCAACGUACACGUGCAAAAUGCCUAUACAACAGCAGAAUCUCGGCUACAAUUAGAUAUAAAUCGAUUGUGCAUGAUCUUUCCUCAAAUUGAACGUUUGAAUAUGGAAUUAACUUCGAGUCAAGAUUUUGUUUUGUUAAUUGAUCAAUUAAAAUAUCUAUCGAUAGUCAAAGUUGAAUUCUGUCAUUCAUCGCCUAUCGACACGGAUUCAUAUCUUACUCGUGAUUGGCUUACUAAGAAUUCUCGACGUUUGAAGACGAACAAUAAUUUUAUGUAUAAAUGUAUUCAUAACAAAAUUCACUUAUGGAUCAAUAAUGACAAGACAGAAUUUCAGACAAGUGACCAGUGGACGGUGUUUCCUGUCUCCUUAUGGAAAUGGGCCAUGUCUUGGUUCGAUGAUCGCCGGAUUUAA